AUGAACGGCAGCAAUCCGAUGUUCAAGCGAAGUGUGUCCGACGCGGGAAGACCCAGACCAAGGACGAAUCCAGAAUUGAGCAGGGGAGGUGGUGGCAGCGACUUGGGGAAGAGCUUGGCGGCUGACUCGAAGGGCAAGGGGGGAGAAGACAAGGGCAGCAGGGUUGAACAGCAGCAGCCGAGGAAGAAGGAGAAAGAAAAGUCCAAGGAUAAGACCAAGAAGCCGAUGUACGAGCACGUCGGCCGGAUGGACGUGCGGCCCUUCCUCAGCGACCCCAACGAUGCGAACGACUAUGUAUCCGGACAUCGUGGGUUCCGCCUGGAUACGUUUGCUCGCAAUGAGGGAGAGACGGGAGGCAAGGCCCACUUCAAGUUCGUCUUCACGUUAGAUGGAGUUGUGCCGGGCGAAGGCGAAGGGGAGGAGUCGAAGAAGGCUCGGCCGGUGCUCGACGCGAUACACGAGCGGGCGACGGGGAAGCUGAGGUUGAGGGUCAAUGAUGGGCGAGAGAUGAGCACCACGGAGAGCGCCGCCGUUGACAUCGCCAUCACCAACGUCGGAGUGGUUCUGUUCAACCCAAGGACAAUGAGCAAAGGGCAUCACUUGUAUACGCUCAGCCUGACUGGUCGGACUCUCUUCAGCGUGCUGGCAUGAUACCAACGGAAGCCAGCGGCCUAGAGCUGUGUCCUCCUGUUGAAGUGGAAGGCAUGCCGUGGGCAUGACGCGGCGUUUUCGAGUGGGCGAGCGGUCGGGAAGGUACAAGCGGUUCGAUUCGUCGUGCGAAACCGCUUCCCUGGUGUGGUUGCGGAGGGUUGUCAGUGUGGCGAUCCGAUCCCCAUGUAGAGCUUAGGAGAGGUACUGGGGUUCAUGGAACCACGCCAACCGGCCUAUGCUCCAAGUUGACCCCGCAGUCACAAAGCGACAACAGCAGUGAUGACGCCGUUCGGUGAUUGGACGGACGACGAUGCUAACCGUGAUUCAACACCCGGCGUUCAGUAUCAGGGAGGUGGGCGGCGUUUUUCCACGAGCAUGUGCGGACAAAGCUGGUUUCUUGGCGUUUUGCGGGCCGGUACACGGGACGGGUUGUCGUUCCGAAGUUGCAAGGCCGGUUCGUUCCAAGAGAUAAUGUGUUUAUAAAGACGGGGUUGGUGGUCGUUGUUUGCGGUUUGCUCUUUUGAGGGCGAGGGCGUCGGCUUUGGAAAAAGGAGAAAACAAAAAAACAAACAUUUUAUGUUGUUGCUGUUGUAGAAAUCGCUGAGGGGCUGGCUCUCACAUCCCCCGUGGCUGUUUAGAAAAAAAAACUUUUUUUUUUUCUUUUUCAGGCUGUGUUUUUUUUGGGGAGAGUCGUCGUCGUCGUCGUGUAUGACUGACUGCGCUACACACCUUCAAUUUCCCGAAGCUAACCUAAGUUGGCAUAGCUGCCUGUCGUUUUCCUUCCUCUGAUGGUUGCGCCUCUCGGUUACCACGGUACGAUAGGCCGAGAUCCAUCAGUACUUGCGCGUGUCUUGUGCGUGAGCAGGCACACGUCUCUUGACCUCCUCGGCUCACAGAAGCUGGAACGUAGUGCCUGCUGUUGCGUUACGAUAGUGUGUGCCCUCGGUCGCUCCUAGCCCUAACCCAACGAUCGGCGUUGAAGCUAUUUUGAUGGUGUCGGGUUGCAUAAGGUCUCUCGGGUCGUGGCCGUAUCGCGUACCAGUACGAGUUACCUCGUAGUAGAGUUAUGGUGUGGUCUCUUCUAGCCGCCGCCGCCGCCGCCCCGUGGUGGCUGGCGAUGACUGCUGUGUGUGCGGUAAGGCAGCGUCGUUAGUUUUGUGUCUCGACCAAGCCGGUUCUUUGGCGUGUCGUAUUCUGGUCGAUCUCCGAGGUAUGGAUGGGGCCUUUGCGACAACAGCCGCUACGUGUUUUUUUUUUUUUUUUUUUCGUUAACCUCCGGGCGAGGACCAAGGUUUGUUUCGGAAGCGUAGCGGGCUAUUGGUGCCCCGUUUCGGUUUCUUGAUGACCAUCCGCCCGUGGCGGACCGUUGUCGAAGGAAAAACGAAAGAAAAGGAAGAAAAGAACAGCUCUCCGCCCCGUGGUGAAGUCUUUUGUCGGCUGUGCUGUGCUGCUGUGUAGAAAAGCUUUUGGUACGGCAUGUCAAGAGAUGAUUGAGUUCCUUGCGGGUUCCACGGAGCCGAACAAGAGGUAUUUGACUUAGGUAUUGUACCCCCCAUCCCCCCCAUCGGCAGUGUGCCGCUUCAAACCCUACCAUGAAGCGAGUGAGGAUUCGUUCUGUUAAGGUCAACCGAAGUUGGUGGUGUUUUCGCUACGGGUGCGUAGCACUCGGUGGCCGGGCGGCUGGCCAAUGGACCGAAAGAAGGGUGUAUGAUGGUAUUAGCACGUAAGAAGUCUGUCCCAGCUUGCGCCAGGCUUGUGGGGAUGGUUGUAUCCCCUUUUGUGACGGAUGCAGUCUUGCCAUCGUCGUCCAUUGAGGAUGAUUGCCUCGUGGGGAGUUUUUUUGUCGGGAGGGAGGUGGUUCCGGUUGGUCUGACGAACUGGUCCUCGUUUCCGUGUUCCCUGGUAGGAGGUGGUGCUGGUGCACCGCCGUGGCGUGUGUUAUGAAUGAAUGUUGCUGUAAAUUUUCGCUUACCUCCUGAAUACUUGGUAGUAUGCUGGUUGUGGGUCGAUCCGUCUGAGAGUGUGUUUAUAAGAGUGCCUGUCUGUCUCUCAAGAUCUUGAGUAUUUAUAACGUCUCUUAUCUUAUCUUAUUUCUGCUUUGCAGGAAACGUUGCUUCGUUUUUGUUUGUUUUUUCGAUCCGAUGCCGUCAUCGCGCACGGCGCCGAAUAUUUCAUCACUUUUUUUUUUCGUCGAUGUGUACACAAGAGGCUUUGUUGGGUAGAAGAGGGCGUAUUCUUUGUGCCGCUGCUGCUAGUCUAUGCGCCGCUGCUGCUAGUCUAUUUGGGCGAGGGGGGGGGGGGGGGGUACGUUGACCGUUGUGGGUGUCGUUGUUCCUCUCUCGGUCUGGGCUAUAUGGCAGACGGUCGCCUUAUGGCAGACGGUCGCCUUGUUAAGUUUGAUAGGCAUGCAUGUUAGUUAAUGUGACUUGCGCUCUCGCGACGGUUGGGUUGGGAGUUGUUUAGUUUGUUGGAAGAUGGCAGGCGGAGAGAUGGGAUUAUUUUGUAGGCAUCGAUGUCGGAAGAAGUGCCGUUCCAUGCCGGGGGCGGUGCCCAACCACCCGCAGCUUGGUUCGACCACUCACUGUAGAGUGACACGAUGGAAUGAUAAGAUUUGCCAAGAUUGGCUAAGUCUAGCUAGACGUUUACCUUUUAUUCCGUUGGUUUAUGAUGGAAUUGUUUUUUAUCGAGAGCCGUGUAUUUUUAUAUUUUCUGAUACAUAUACGCUGGAUGGAAAUACGAGGUACUAAAUAUUUCUCAUUUGUUGCCCCGUU